GCUGCAGUAUGGCAGGCGCUCAACCACUAUGCUUACCUGGAUGCUGUCUUUCUGGCUGAGAGGCUCUACGCUGAAGUGCGGUCAGAGGAGGCUCUCUACCUGUUAGCCACAUGUUAUUACCGCUCCGGGAAGCCUUAUAAAGCUUAUAGACUACUAAAGGCUCACAGCUGCUCCACACCGCAGGUUCGAUUCCUGCUGGCAAAGUGCUGCGUUGAACUCAGCAAGUUGGCGGAGGGGGAACAGGUUCUGAUUGGUGGAGUGCUGAACAAACAGAAGAGUCAAGAUGACAUCAUCACAGAGUUUGGAGACGCUGCCUCUUUCACAUUAUCUUUACUUGGACACAUUUAUUGCAAGACUGACCGUGCUGCUAAAGGUGCUGAGUGUUUUCAGAGGAGUUUAACUCUCAACCCAUUCCUCUGGUCACCCUUCCAGAACCUCUGUCACCUAG